GGCCGGGACACAGAGGACAGGAGCAUGGCCAGCCUACAGACCGCGCUCCUGGCUGCCCUGAUCCUUCUGGCUAUGGCGCUUCAAGCAACGGAGGCAGGCCCUUACGGAGCCAACGUGGAGGACAGCAUCUGCUGCCGGGCGCACAUCCGCAUCCCCGUGCCCCCGCGGGCGGUGAAGAGCUACUUCUGGACUUCGGACUCCUGCCGGAGGCCUGGCGUGGUCUUGCUAACCCACAGGGACCGGCAGAUCUGCGCCCACCCCGAAUCGCCCUGGGUGAAGAGGAUUAUCCAGAGGAUGGCCUUUUGAGGAAGAGUCCUGCCCCGAUGACCGUGGCCUUGGCUCCUCCAGAAAGGCUCGUGGAUCCCUACCUUCCUGCCAUUACAGCUGCUCCCUGGCCGAAGACUCCGUGCUCCCUCAUCUCCAGCCCUGCAGCGGUCACCCUCCACGCCACAGCUGUCACUCUCCUCUCCCCUCUGCCUCCUCUAACAGCCUCCGCUCCCCUGUAGCCAGAGGGUCCACAGCUCCGGCCAGUCACUCCCCUGCUCAGAGCCCUUCCAUGGCUCCCCAUUGCCCGAGGCUGGGGUCAGAGCUCCUGAGCCUGGCUUCCCUGCCUCCGGACCUGGUCCCAUCUCCGUCUCCAGCCCCACCUCAUUUCCCAGCAAGCACGUCAAACUCCAGCUCCCUGACCUCCAAACCCAGGCCGUACAUUUCUACGCCUGGGUCCUCGCCUGUGUGCUCCUGACACGCACAGUGCCUCCCCAUCACCGGCAUGUGCCCGACUCACCAGCCCUCCCAGGCAUUGCUCAGCCUAAGCAGCCAGGAAGUGAGGUUUACUUUUUAUUAUAUUUUCUUUUAUGCUAAGGUUGGCAGAGUCAAUGUCUGUCACUUUCUGCCAAAGAGUCCUAAGAGACACACUAUUUCUAAGUAAUUGAGUUUUGGUUUGUAGACUUCCACUGACCCUCUGCCCCUUCUUGAGAGCCCUGAUUACAGUCUGCCCAGAAUGUUCGGGUCUUGGGAGCUUGUCCUCCAACCUCUCUGGCUGGACCAAGACCCACAUCUGAGCUAUUUCUGUCUCCUGGCCUCUAGGACAGAGCCCAGGGCCUGGCCCAGAAUCUGGGCUCGGUGAGUGGCCGCAGACGGAACCCAUAAAAGCAGCGUCCCCCUCCCAACCCUAAAGGCCCUCACACAUCAGUACUGAGACUCCAGGCCAUCCAGGCAGGAGCCAGCUGGGUCAGUGGUGGGGACUCGGACUUUCCCACAGUCACCUCUCUCCCCCAUUUUACUGUGUGUGGGGUCUCUUUACGCCCCUUGCUUCCCUCGGGUUUUUAGUGCUCCUAUAACCUCCCAAACCCAGGCCUGACCUCAGAGUUCCCCACUUUCCCUUCCUCUUUCUCCACAUAGCUGAUAACUAAAUUCAUGCUAUGGUGUGAAUGACUACCCUUGGCUUGGUAUUACAAACUCUAGUUAAACAUAACUCUAGUUAUAUCUGUAUAUGAGAAGGCAGCAAAUGCUUAUGAAGCUUAGGAGACCAUAUGGAUGAUUGGGAGAAUUUUAGGAACCGUGUGGGAAAGGGACAAGGCAGAGCCUUCCUGGCCCUGGGAGGAGCACAUGGGGUAUAGUUACGUGAAAACGCCUUGGGUGGAGGUCAUUCUCAGGUGGCUGGGGCCAGGCUAAGGCCUGGGACUUGAGACUGAAUUGCUCCUCCAUGGGGGCAGCAAGUUCCCCAGGUAAAGGAAAUAAGCUUUACACGUCCCAGUUCCUUUCCAAGGGAGCCUGGUGCCACUCAGUGGGGUGGCUUUCGCUCUGUGACCCUGAGGAGACCAUCUCCCCUCUCCAAGCCCCACCUGUGAACAGGAACACCCAUUUUGCAGAGCUGCUGUGGGGCUCAGGUCCAAGGCACGGGCGGUGGCUUUGGCAGCCAUAAAACUCAGUGUCUUCCAGGGCCUGUGUCCCCCCCUGCAGUCCCGCCCACCUGCCCACCACGGGCACCGGAAGUGCUGGCCUGCAUGCCGCCCUCCACAGAGCCCGCAGAUGUCCUGGGAUUCUCCCUUCCUCCCUGUCCUGCUCUGUGCCCUCAGACCUUUUAGAAAUA